CAGGAUCAGCGAGCCCGUGAUCCACCAAACAAUCCGUGAGGCAGCUGGAGGAAUGCGACGUGCUAUCAGGUUCCAGAUGAAUAGUCCUGAUAAAAUCGCUUUGGUUUCCCCAUUCUGGCGCCCCAAUUUCAACUGUGAACUGCACUCCUGUGAAGGGGCAGUUAUGUUGCGUGGAAGGCAUGAUGGACGUAAAAGGUAUCCCAUUGAUCCCCUCCUUCUCCAUAUGGAAGAGGGCGAACCAAAGCACCGGAUGUUCCGGUCUCUUUACAUUCUUCGGACUCUUGCGGUGAUCCUCUUUGCUGGAAAAAUUGCAGAGAUGGAUGACGAAAAAAAUUUGGUCAAGUCUUGUUGGGAAGUCAGUGCAGCAAACUGCACUGCAAAACUUUACAACAUCCGGGAGGUUACGCCCGGACUCGUUGCCCUCACAGCUGUUUCGGCCUGGAGGAUUUUGCUUCCCCCUGAGGAUUGGCAUCAAGAUGAAGACCGAUUUCACUUCUGGAGGAAGUGCAUUUUCACGGCCAUUGAUGCAGAAAAAAACUACCCAAAGGAGCAACCAAGGCCAUUUCAUGAGACGAUGUUUCAGCUGAAUGAAUGGUUAUUUGGGCAGGCUUCCAGAUCGAGUGGGAAUGAGAAGUCGGAACAGGCGCUGGCAUUGCAAGCAGACCAGACUCGUACCCAGUCGGAGGAGCUCCGUGGACGCGCAAAAUAAUAGCUUUUUUACGCAAUGUAAAUAAACGUUCUCACACUGGUACUCGACUGCUUCCGAUGCU